AUGACCGCCGCCAGUCCGCUCGCCCGAUUCGAGCCCCAGCCGACGACCGCCCGCCAGACCGACCUGCUCAUCCACUCCCUGCUCCACUUCGGCCAGCCGCAUGGACCGCCGACGACGCCGGCGACGACGGCCCCGAUCGUCGAGCUCGACGAGCAGGCGAUCGCCGAGGCGCUGGCCAACAUAGCCCUCGCCCCGGCCACAGCGCCCGCCGACCCCAAGCUCGCCAAGCUCAUCCGCUCCCGGCUCUACGAGCUCACCCCCGCCCUCUCCGUCCGCUCCUGGACGAUGGCCGAGCACGUCUAUCGCAAGCUGCCCUGCCCCUUCCCAACCAUGGCCAGGGGCCUCUUCACCCGCGAAAACCCCGAGCGCACCCUCGGGCUCGGCAGACACGCCAUCGUCGCCCGCGGAUACGACAAGUUCUUCAACAUCGACGAGCUCCCCUCGACCACCUGGGAGGCGCUCGAGAAGCGGACCCAGGCGCCGUACCAUCUGACGCUCAAGACGAACGGAUGCAUCAUCUUCCUCGCCGCACUCAGCUCCAGCGAGCUCCUGGUGACCUCCAAACACGCCACGGCCGGCGCACCCGCAGGAUCGUCCGACGAGCAGGGCCCGCCGAGCCACUCGGCCGUCGGCGAGCGCUGGGUCGAGCGCCACCUCGCCCGCGUCGGCCUCACCCGCGCCGCCCUGGCCCACGAGCUCUGGGCGGCCAACGCGACCGCGGUGGCCGAGCUGACGGACGACGACUUCGAGGAACACGUCAUUGCCACCCCCGCCGACCAGGUCGGCCUCAACCUGCACGGCAUCAACCUCAACACCCCCGAGCUGCUCACCUACCCGCCCGCGCUCGUCGCCCAGUGCGCCGCCCGAUGGGGCAUGCAUCCCACCCCCUUCGCCGCCCUCGACUCCCUCGACGCCGUCAAGGAUCGCUGUCGGGCUAUCCAGGCCGACGGCUGGCCCGGACGCUCCGGCCAUGUCGAGGGCGUCGUCGUCCGAGCAUCGCCCCGCGACCAGCCCUCCCAUCCUACUCUCCCCACCCGCUCGGUCUUCUGGAAAGUCAAGUUCGAGGAGCCCUAUCUCACCUACCGCGAGUGGCGCGAACUGACGCGCAAGAUCCUGCACGAAAAGGCGCAGAACGCCCAGGCCUUUGCAGACGCAAGGACGACGGGCGAGAAGAGUCUGGACCUGGCCGCCUCGGCCGAGCUGGCCAAGGCGCUCAAGGUGAACGUGCGCAAGAUCCACAAGCCCGAGACCCGGCUGUACGUGCACUGGGCCCUCCAGGAGCUCCUCCACCGGCCCCAGACCUUCGAGCUCUGGCACCUCAACCGCGGCAUCGUCGCCGCGAGGGACGCCUUCUUCCGCUGGCGUGCCUCCCCCGAAGCACGCACUCUCGCCCUGGCCGCCGACAACCUCCCCCCGGACUCUUCUGCCGUGGACGACGACCAGCCGUUCGACAAGACGCUGUUGGCCCCCAUCGGCAUUCCUGGAUGUGGCAAGACGACGCUGGCCGUUGCGUUGAAGACGCUGGUGGAGUGCGGACACACGCAGAGCGACGACAUCACGACGAAGAAGACGGGGCCGGCGUUUAUCGAGAACGUGAAGGCGAUGCUGCUAGCGAAGGAGGGCCCGAGCGUGGUGAUAGCGGACAAGAACAACCAUCUGCGGACGCACCGAGCGGCGCUUGCGGAGCUCGUGGAGAAGCUGGCGGAGGGGGUGACGGUGAAGAAGGGCAGGGGGAAGGGCGCGGCGACGGAGCGGGUGCGGGUGCGGGUGCGACUGGUGGCGCUGACGUGGGACCUCGAGAGCCAUCCGGCAGACGAGCUGCACCGGGUCGCCGGGCAGCGGAUCGUCGUGCGGGGCGCCAACCACCAGUCCUUGCGGCCCGAGCUGACCGCCGGGGGGCUGGAGGCGCACGACGCGAUCCUGUGGCGCUUCCUCAAGACCCUCGAGCCCUUCGACCCGGCCCUGCAUCCCGAGGACCGCGCCUUCCGGCACGCCGUCCCGCUCCUCUUCGCCGCGCCCCUCGACGCCAACCUGCGCACCCUGUGCACCCACUUGCACGCCCUCUGUCCCGCCCUCGUUUCCCCCCAACUCGCCGCGGACCCCCGCAGGAUCGCCCAGGCCUUGGAGACCGCCAAGGCGUACAGACCCGCGGUCAAGAAGGAGAUGAAGGUGGAGCCGGGCUUGCUCGCGCCGCGCUACUUCGGCGUCCAGAUCGCCGCCGACCUCGGCCGCGUCGUCGCCGACAUGCUCGGCCCGGCGGCCGACGACGAGCCGCCGGCGGCUGCCGCGGGCCGGCGGAUGUAUCGGCAGUUAGUCGAGACCGGCCGGCUCACGGGCCGGCCCCAUCUGACGCUCGUCCACCAGAACCAGACCCGCGAGUGUCCGCAGAUGCUCCGGCAGUGGGAAGAGUACCAGAGCCGGGUCCUGGCCCGGGCCACCCGAGUCGCGCUCGUCCUCGGCCCCACCCUGCUCUGGAACGCCCGCGUCAUGGUCGUCGAGGCCGCCCUCUCGCCCCCGCCCGCCCCCGCCUCACCGCCGACGACGGACAGGUUCCAUGUGACUGUCGGGACGGCCGACGAGGCCAUCAGACCCGUCGAGGGCUUCGACCUUCUCCACCGCUUCUUCCGCGGCUCUCCCGCUUCUUCUGCCGCCGACCAGGUUUUUUCCCUCCACGUCAAGACCGUGGCUGUGGAGGGCACGCUGAAGGGGUUCACGUAA